GUGUCUACCGCUACCUGCCAAGGGCCAAGUCCAGGUUUUUUAGACUCUAAAUUCCUUCUUCUUAGCAUGUUUCUGGAAGGGGCAGCGUGGAGCCCUGGAGGAAAGACGGACUUUUUUUCAGGAGAAACGCGGAUGCAGACCAUCAAAAAGACGUAGUGCUACAACCCGCGAUUUUCGCGCGCUUUGGCGCGGGAGGUUGUGGGUAGCGCGCCCAGGAAGGAGAAAGGAGCCGGGGCUGUGACCACGCCGCCCGCCGGGCCUGAGGGGAUGGACGAGGAAGAUCCCUGCGCCGAGGGGGCGGCGGUGGUCGCCGCGGCCGGAGAAGCACUGCAGGCUCUGUGCCAGGAGCUGAACCUGGACGAGGGGAGCGCGGCCGAAGCCCUGGACGACUUCACCGCCAUCCGGGGCACCUACAGUCUAGAGGGAGAAGUUAUACACUGGUUGGCAUGUUCAUUAUAUGUUGCAUGCCGCAAAAGCAUUAUUCCCACGGUUGGAAAGGGUAUCAUGGAAGGAAAUUGUGUUUCACUUACCAGAAUACUACGUUCAGCUAAAUUAAGUUUAAUACAGUUUUUUAGUAAAAUGAAGAAAUGGAUGGACAUGUCGAACCUGCCACAAGAAUUUCGUGAACGUAUAGAAAGGCUAGAAAGAAAUUUUGAGGUGUCCACUGUAAUUUUCAAGAAAUUUGAACCAAUUUUUUUAGAUAUAUUUCAAAGUCCAUAUGAAGAGCCACCAAAGUUACCACGAAGCAGGAAGCAGAGGAGGAUUCCUUGCAGUGUUAAGGAGCUUUUUAAUUUCUGUUGGACACUCUUUGUUUAUACUAAGGGUAAUUUUCGUAUGAUUGGAGAUGAUUUAGUAAACUCUUAUCAUUUACUUCUGUGCUGCUUGGAUCUGAUUUUUGCCAAUGCUAUUAUAUGCCCAAAUAGACGAGACUUGCUGAAUCCAUCAUUUAAAGGUUUACCAUCUGAUUUCCAUACUGCUGACUUUAGGGCUCCUGAGGAGCCUCCCUGCAUCAUUGCAGUACUGUGUGAACUGCAUGACGGACUUCUAGUAGAAGCCAAAGGAAUAAAGGAGCACUAUUUUAAGCCAUAUAUUUCAAAACUCUUUGACAGGAAGAUUUUAAAGGGAGAAUGCCUCCUGGACCUUUCCAGUUUUACUGAUAAUAGCAAAGCAGUGAACAAGGAGUAUGAAGAAUAUGUCUUAACUGUUGGUGAUUUUGAUGAGAGGAUCUUUUUGGGAGCAGAUGCAGAAGAGGAAAUUGGAACUCCUCGAAAGUUCACUGGUGAUGCCCCACUAGGGAAACUGACAGCACAGAAAACAUCAUUUGCACCUUCUACCCCACUGACAGGACGGCGAUACUUAAGAGAAAAAGAAGCAGUCAUUACUCCUGUUGCUUCAGCCACCCAAAGUGUGAGCCGGUUACAGAGUAUUGUGGCUGGACUGAAAAAUGCACCAAGUGAACAACUUAUUAAUAUUUUUGAGUCGUGUAUGCGUAAUCCUAUGGAAAACAUUAUGAAAAUAGUGAAAGGAAUAGGAGAGGCUUUCUGCCAACACUAUACUCAAUCAACAGAUGAACAGCCAGGAUCUCACAUAGACUUUGCUGUAAACAGACUAAAGCUUGCAGAAAUUUUGUAUUAUAAAAUAUUAGAGACCAUAAUGGUUCAAGAAACACGAAGACUUCAUGGAAUGGAUAUGUCAGUUCUUUUAGAGCAGGAUAUAUUUCAUCAUUCCUUGAUGGCCUGUUGUUUGGAAAUUGUGCUCUUUGCCUAUAGCUCACCUCGUACUUUCCCCUGGAUUAUUGAAGUUCUUAAUCUGCGACCGUUUUAUUUUUAUAAGGUUAUUGAGGUGGUUAUCCGCUCAGAGGAAGGGCUAUCCAGGGACAUGGUGAAACACCUAAACAGCAUCGAAGAACAGAUUUUGGAGAGUUUAGCAUGGAGUCAUGAUUCUGCGCUGUGGGAGGCUCUCCAGGCUUCUGCAAACAAAGUUCCUACCUGUGAAGAAGUUAUAUUCCCAAAUAAUUUUGAAACAGGAAAUGGGGGAAAUGUACAAGGACAUCUUCCCAUGAUGCCAAUGUCUCCUCUCAUGCAUCCACGAGUCAAAGAAGUUCGGACUGACAGUGGGAGUCUUCGAAAGGAUAUGCAACCAUUGUCUCCAAUUUCUGUCCAUGAACGCUACAGUUCUCCUACCGCUGGGAGUGCGAAAAGAAGACUUUUUGAGGAAGACCCCCCAAAGGAGAUGCUUAUGGACAGGAUCAUAACAGAAGGAACAAAACUGAAAAUUGCCCCUUCUUCAAGUAUUACUGCUGAAAAUAUAUCAAUUUCACCUGGGCAAAGUCUUUUAACAAUGGCCACAGCCAUUGUAACAGGGACAACGGGACAUAAAGUUACAAUCCCAUUGCAUGGUAUUGCAAAUGAUGCUGGAGAGAUCACACUGAUACCAAUUUCCGUGAAUACAACUCAGGAGUCCAAAGUCGAGAGUCCUAUAUCACUUACAGCUCAGUCAUUAAUUGGUGCUUCUCCAAAACAGACCCAUUUGACUAAAGCACAAGAGGUACAUCCGAUUGGAAUAAGCAAGCCAAAGAGAACUGGGUCCUUAGCGCUGUUUUAUAGAAAGGUCUAUCAUUUGGCAAGUGUACGCUUACGUGAUUUAUGUUUAAAACUGGAUGUUUCAAAUGAGUUAAGAAGAAAGAUAUGGACAUGUUUUGAAUUCACUUUAGUUCACUGCCCUGAUCUGAUGAAAGACAGACAUUUGGAUCAGCUCCUCCUUUGUGCCUUUUACAUCAUGGCAAAGGUAACAAAAGAAGAAAGAACUUUUCAAGAAAUAAUGAAAAGCUAUAGGAAUCAGCCCCAAGCUAAUAGUCAUGUCUAUAGAAGUGUACUACUGAAAAGUAUUCCAAGAGAAGCUAUGGCAUACAAUAAAAACCUGAAUGGUGAUUUUGAAAUGACAGAUUGUGACUUGGAAGAUGCUACAAAAACACCUGACUGUUCCAGUGGGCCAGUGAAAGAGGAAAGAGGUGAUCUUAUCAAAUUUUACAAUACAAUAUAUGUAGGAAGAGUGAAGUCAUUUGCAUUGAAAUACGACUUGUCAAAUCACGACCAUGUGAUGGAAGCCCCACCACUGUCUCCUUUUCCACAUAUUAAGCAACAGCCGGGCUCCCCGCGCCGCAUUUCCCAGCAGCACUCCAUUUAUGUUUCCCCACACAAGAACGGGUCCGGCCCUACCCCAAGGAGUGCUCUGCUCUAUAAGUUCAAUGGCAGCCCUUCUAAGAGUUUGAAAGAUAUCAACAACAUGAUAAGGCAAGGUGAGCAGAGAACCAAGAAGCGAGCAAUAGCCAUCGAUGGUGAUGCAGAAUCACCUGCCAAACGCAUCUGUCAAGAAAAUGAUGAUGUUUUACUUAAAAGACUACAGGAUGUUGUCAGUGAAAGAGCAAAUCAUUAGAAUUUUUUCCAUUUCUAUGAUAAAAGCACUUUCAAGUUGUUUUGCGGAAAGCUGGGGGUCUAUCUUUCAAAAUGUUCAGUCAGCCCUGUAGGAAGUAAAUAUCACUGAGUUACAGGAAAAAUUACACCAAAAUUAAGCAGUUUUUAAAAAUUUAUCCAAAAUAUAGUUGACAGAGAUGUAUACUGAGUUGAAUUAUAAAGGAAUUUUUAAGUGCCUUUUAAACGUAUUAAUAGUUGUAGAAUUUUUAAAAUAUUUGUUCCUUGGGUUUUUCAGACGAAGUAAGGAGAAACCCCAUAAUUUUGUUAGCUCACUUUUUGAAAUAAUUCAAAUGUCUUCUCCUUCUAGACUUUGUAAUAUGAAAGUGAAUCAUCUGUUUUUGCUUUAAGUGUGCUUUGAGAUGGUUGUAUUCCUAGUUUAAUGUUGAGCACAGGUGGUACCAGCCUGUCUCUGACCCAGGGCGGUAACUCCACAUCCAGGUACCACUACCCUUCUGGGCUGUCCAGAUCCUUUUCAUGCCCUUUGUUUCCUUGAGCAGAAGCAGAUUCAAACCUGAACCAAUGCACUAUCCCUGCUACUUCUUACUUUCCAACCCUAAACCCUCUUAGCCUGGUGUCACAACCUAAUAAAGGAGGUACUUGCUCCUUUUUACUUUUUAUUUUUUGGGCGUGCCAAGGCAUGCAGAAGUUCCCAGGCCAGGAAUUGAACCCAUGCCACAGCAGCAGCUGGAGCCACAGCAUGUCACAGCAAUGUGACAUGCCACAACAAUGACAGCUGGAGCCACAGCAAUCCUCAUGCAGGAUCCUUAACCUGCUGAGUCACCAGGAAAUUCCUCUUGCUUCUUUUUAAUACUAUCAUUUUGUUUUCCAAACCAUUAACUUAAUUAUACUUGAUUAUUUUAUGUCAUAGAAUUCUCAAAAUAGGAAGCUGCUUCUCAGGCCAGUAGAGUAAAAUACAGAAAAAAGUUGUUAGAAUUUAAAUUUCCUACCAUGAUAAUAUGUGAAAUACUAUUUUUGAGGUCAUUGUAGAUUGGUCAUUCUCAAUGUCUAAUCGAUUCCCUAAGAAUAGUUGAAAUCUUUUUUAAUUAAUUACUAUCACCUCAUGCCUUAUCAUUCUGCUAUACAUCAGAAAACAGCUGUUUAUUACUCCUUCCCUCUUGGUUCUCAGUAUCACUCAUGCCUUGUGAGUUUCCCACUAGGGUUUGAUCCCUGGGGCCUCUUAAGGAUGUUUUCCAGGGCUAGGGGUGCAGCUUUCCAAAGAAUCAGCUGUUCAGUGUUCACUUUUUCUAGUGUGUUUCCAGAUUCUGGAAGGACAUGGAUAAGCCAUUCUUAAUUAAUUUUGAGGAAAUGUUAUCAGAUUUAUGUUUUUUAAGCUGCAAACCUUAUUUUUUAAAAUAUGAAAUAUUUAACUUAACCUUUGUCUAACCUGGGCUAAUUUGAAUUUGCUUAAGAUUUGACUAUGAAUUAGUAAUUACGAUUGUCAGGAAUUUUAUUUUUAAAUUUUAAGAAGAAAAGUGACUUUGGUCAAAUUUUACGUUUCUGAAAAUUAUAUCCGAAUUUUUUUGUGUAGUAUCUACACAUGUUAUAAGACAAAUAACAUCAAAUCUGUCUCGAAUCCUUGUAUAUAUUUUUGUGUAGCUGUAACUAUUGUGCCAUUUUAAUCGUCAUUAUUAAUGUGCAAAAUGUAAAUGAGCAUUUGUACAUUGUCUCUAUAAGAAACUCUGGACAAGUUUUUAUCAGUUUUCAAGACUGGAUAUCAAUGUACAUAAAAUGGUUAAUAAAAUAUUAGAGUUUUGAAAUUAUUGAAAAAA